AUGGAAAAUCAUGUUAGCUUACCGGUCAAUAUUUCUCUCGAAGGGCGCACGGUACAAUCUAUGGAGGAAGCAUUUAAGAUUCUACACGAAUGUUCACGAGAUGAGGUUUAUCCCAUAGCAAUGCAGAUGCAAUCCGAGCUUAUGGGGUUUAUUGAGACCGGCGAGGACUAUCUGUAUAAGCUCCAUGAGUUUGUUGAUAGAGGGGAGUUCUGGCGCGGUCAUGAGUUAGACGAGGACACCUUUCGAUAUAAAUGGCGGGCAGCUAGGGAUGCUAUCGCUAAUAGGACAAAGAGACUGGAAUAUAUCGACAGUAUUCGAGAAAAGGCUAUCAAGACAUGGGGAAGUGACCAUGCUUAA